UGACGACAGUAGUGCUGCCAGCACAGAGAGAGUGAGAGAGCCAGCGCAAUCUCGGGACCCCAUGGCGGCAGCUCCGCUGCGCUUCUAGCCCCUCUCUCUCCCUCUCUCCCUCGGACGCGCGCUCACCCCGUCGGUUUUUUACUCGCCGUCCGCGCGCGCGGCGAUGACCAGUGAACCGGGUCCGGCUCUAAAGGAGCCCUGACGCGCGAACGGCUUUUGUUUACGCGGCGCGGCGUCGGCGAACCGGUGUGCACGAGUCUCGAGAAAUAUGAGCGCCGAGCGCGCGACACGUGCGAAAAGUACGUAGGCUGCCGCAGGUGUUCGUUGUACGGCGCGUGACAUGGCUCGGCCGGGCCGCAGUGGACAAGACAAGACGAGCGCGAGUGCGACAUGAAGUGCAGGAAGUAGAGAGAGGCGGCAAGGAUUCAGAGUAGGUGGAGAAGGGAUACACAGAGAGCGAGAAAGAUAGAGAGAUAAGUGCGUGCGGAGAAUACAAGUGUGGUGUGACAUGCGAGACCGGCGGAACUGAGUUGGGUAUUAUGCAGCAGCAGCACCGCGGCCGCCGCUGGCCGGCCUGACCGGGAAGACAGCGUCGAUCAUGACCGAGGCCGGUGCUACCAGUGCGUGGCGAAGGAGAGCGCGAGCUUGCGGCCGACGGCGCCGAGGCAGCGGUCGCCUCCUCGUAGCGCCGCUACUCUCCUUCUGGAUCAUCGGGGCCCUCUGCGUCAAGGACGUUCCGGUGGCGCAGGUGGUGGCUCUGGUGGGCGAGCCGACGUACCUGCCCUGCGACAUCACGCCCAGCGAGGAGAACGACGAGAUCCACCUGAUCCUCUGGUUCCGAGAGGGUCGCGAUGGCACAUCUGCGGCCAUAUACAGCGUGGACGCCAGAGAUCGCGAAUUCAACUUCGCCGAGCGCUGGUCCGACGAGAAGGUCUUCUCGAACAGGGCGCACUUUGUGCAGGACCGUCAGCCAGCCGAACUCGGGGUGGAUCACAUCCGCGAGGAGGACGCCGGCAUCUACAGGUGUCGCGUCGAGUUUCGCCUCAGCCAGACCCGCAACUCUAGAGUCAAUUUGACCGUAAUCGUUCCGCCCCACAAGAUCACGAUACUGAACGAGAACGGCGUCGUCCAGAGAUCGAGCGUUGGACCCUACCGAGAGGGGGACGACCUUAGGCUGCUCUGCGAGGUCCACGGUGGUAAGCCGACGCCGACGAUCGGCUGGUACAGGAACGGCAGGCCGUUGAGCAAUGAGAGCAUCAGUGACCAGCGAGAGGGCGUCGUGCGGGCGGAGGUAGCCCUGAAAAACCUCGGCCGCAAGGACGUCCAGACCGAGCUCUCCUGCAACGCCACCAACAACAACCGCUCGCAGCCGCUAUCCAGCAGUGUGCGCCUCGACAUGCAUUUUAGUCCAUUAACGGUCAAUAUUGAGGGGGCGAAUCGCAGGCUGUCCGCCGGAAAGAGGCACGACCUUGUUUGUACCACGUCCGGCAGUCGGCCGCCAGCCCUCGUCACUUGGCUGAUGGAGGAGCAGAAGCUGCCGUAUUCAAAGGAUACCACGACACCCGACGGCAACACGACGACUAGCGUUUUGUCCUUCACGGCGAGCAAAGAGGACGAAGGCAAGCGGCUGUUUUGUCGCGUGCAGAAUACGAUCAUUCGGAGCAGUCCCAUCGAAGAUGUUUGGCUUUUGGAAAUACAAUAUAAACCCGAGACGAAAAUCCGACUGGGCACGAGCCUCGAUCCGAACGCCAUCAAGGAGGGCAGCGAUGUCUACUUCGACUGCCUGAUACAGGCGAGGCCACCGGUUUAUAAGGUCGAGUGGACGCAUCAGGGGAAGACCCUCAAUCACAACAUCUCGCGGGGCGUCAUAAUAAGCAAUCAGAGCCUCGUCCUCCAGGGGGUGGACCGGAAAAACGCCGGCAACUACACCUGCGUCGGCUACAACACCGAGGGCGACGGCCAGAGCGAGCCCUUUUAUUUGAACGUCAUGUUCGCGCCGACGUGCAAACCCAACCAGACCAAGGUCCACGGAGUUGCGAAGCAGGAGAAGGCGAGCAUAUCCUGUGAGGUGGACGCGAACCCGCCCGAGGUCGACUUUCGAUGGACCUUCAACAACUCCGCCGACAGCGUCGACCUCGACCGGAGCCACGUAUCUACGACCGGAACCUCGUCCGUCGCCUCCUACAUGCCCACCAUCGAGCUCGACUACGGCACGCUCCUCUGCUGGGCCAGAAAUCGCAUCGGCACCCAGCAGAUCCCGUGCAUCUAUCACAUUAUACCCGCAGGCCGGCCAGACGUGCCUCACAACUGCUCGACCUCGAACAUGUCCAAGAACUCGUUCGUGAUACGAUGCAGUCCGGGCUUCGACGGUGGCCUCACCCAGUCCUUCAUGCUGGAGGUGCGCGAGAGCAACAGCCAGGAGCUGAAGACGAACCUGACCGCCGAAGUGCCGUUUUUCAGCGUGAGCAACCUGGACGCGGGAUCGAUCUACCAAGCCUGCGUCUACGCCUACAACGAUAAAGGCCGAAGCGAACCCAUGGUGGUGCAGGUCAAUACUCUCAGCCUGCCGGAAAAGCAAUUAACGUCAGACUCAGAACGACCACGACCACACAUGAGGCUGACGCCAAUGCUGAGCGUGAUGAUAGGCGUAGUGGCGGCCCUGGUGAUAGUCGCGGUGAUAGUGAUGAUCGUCCUACGCAUCCAGCACUCGCAGGUCGACGAGCAGUCCAAGUCCCAGGUGGAGGACAGCACAAAGCCGGCCAAGAACGUACCGAUACAGCGGGAACUGCGCUUCCGGGAGUGCGGCAGCCUCAUCACCGACGAGAAGAACCCGGACGCCAGCCCUUUCGGCAAACUCGACACCAUCAGCGCGGGAGACGUCAGCGAGUCGGACGAGAAAAAUCCUGACAUCAUACCCCAGCAGAUAACCGAAUUUACUUUUUCUACAGGCGAAGAGGUGUCGGAGUAUCUGAGAAAGAGACGAUUAGUGUCGACGAUAGAAACUUCGCCGUCUCGAGGCCUACUGGAGAGAUCCGCAGUCGCGGCAGCCGUUGGAUCGAGAGGCAAUUACGUUGGCUACUGCACCAUACGCAGCAGUAUGCCUCUACGCGAGCUUUCAAACACUGUCAAAUUCAAGCACAAGAGUCAGUUCCAGCAGCCGAUGACGAGCGAAGUGUACGAGAGCGGCAUGUGCACGUUGCCGCGGCAGCACUGGUCGAGUCACGGAGCGACAGCUUCAACGGCGGCGAUGGCCAUGUCAAUGUCGCCGAGCGUCAUGUACACGGCCGGCGGAAACGGGUCAGUCAACGUCGUACGCACCGGCCCCGGGGGCGUCCUCCUCGCCAAGGACAUCCAGUCCUCGGCAGCGGCUCAGUGUUGCAUCCAACAGGCCUCGCCCAGCGAGAUGCACGAGGUCGCCACGUCGGUUGGCAAAAUCGGCACGCCGAUACUCGUCACGAAGCGCGAGAGCUCGGUGUGACGCAGCAGCAAUUGAAUUGUUCGCGCUGCCUGAGCGAUCGCGCGCUGAGGAGGCCAAAAUGGUGCGCUCUUCAAACGAUGCCCUCUCUUGCGACUGGGUCACGAUGGAGGAUUGCCGGGUAAUCAGGUUCAUUUUUGCGAGACUGCUUCGGCGGUUCGGCUUAAUGUCGCGGCUGAAACUUUCAAGGAAUAUAAGUUUAAACUCGAAUCACAUCGACGGAUCGGCGAGUGGAAGCGAAUGAUGAAACACCCUAGGAUGUCGUUCGACUGCCGUCACUCUCGACUGAUUGCACAGUGCAUUACCAAUUUCCCCCGAAUGCUAUCACGCUAACUAUUUGCCAACUCGGAUAAAAAGACGAACAUCCGUCGCGCAGCCACUUUCACUCGAGGGAAGUAAAAGGGGACGUCGCGAACGCGUGAUUUUUUUAUCGACGCUGAAACGACGCAGUCGUAACGAGACGCACAAGCACCUUUCAUUACUCUCGAGUGUAUAGGCGUGUACGUCCCCUUCAUCCUCUCGGUACGUUUCAUUAUGUCGUAUCGAUCAACAUGGCGGGGGAAAUAGGGAGAGGGAGAGGAAAAAAACAAGGAUUGCAAAAUCGACGCUCGAUUUUUCACUCGCUCGACAAAUAUUUGCCCUCGCGUGUGCGUAGACGCGCGAAAAAUUGCGGUGAUUCGAAUAAACGCGUAGGCGUGCGCGCUCAAAUAUUUAUCCGCUCGGCUUAUGCGUAUACGCAACGUAUACGAGAACCCUUUUCGAAUAUUUCAUCGUGGCCUCUCCCUCUCUCUACAUACUUGUAUACACGCGUCCGCGGGAAAAAAAUUUUAUCGCUGCGUAAAAUCAUCCAUAAUGGCCGUUUGCGCGCGCUAGAGCGAGCGAGCAUACAAGAGAGUGAGAGAGAGAGAGAGAGAGAGAGAGAGAGAGAGAGAGAGAGAGAGAGUUUGGCAAUCGUCGUUAUUCCGUUUCGUUCCUCUCGUGUAUUCACGGCCGAUGGCGCGAAUUUUCCUGGCUGCGAAUGCAGUCUCGCAAAAGUGUAUAUCACGGGGGGCUAAAGUAGAAAGGAGAGAAAGCGGCUCUUCGCUUUAAGGGCUACGCGCAUCCUCGAUCGUAACUCAAAAGAGAGAAGCGCGCGCGCGCGCGCACCGGCUGAGGGAGAGAGCUUCCGAGAGGAGCGGCAAAAAAGAAGCGAGUGGCCCGUACGCCGGAGAGAAGUGCGAGGGACACGCGACGAGAAAAUGAAUAUUCCGAGGCACGCGCUCGCUCGCGCUUGUAAAUACAUACCUUGAAUAUGAGAAUAUUUUAUACGAUUGCUAGGGAGAAUUAUAAGAGAGAAAAAUGAGAGAUGCGAAGGACUUUUUGAUGAAGCAGACGCGAACAAGGCGCGUAUAGAGACACCGAUGCUGCUCUUUCGCCGAACUGUAAAUUUACAUGGUUGACUCGAAAAUAUAAAUGUAAAUGUACAUGUAUAAAUAUCUCGCAAGGCACUGCUGGAUCCCGACGGGCAGGAGGACGGAAGAGAAGCGGCGGACACGAGGUGCUUAUAUAGCUUAUACGCGUACAGUCGGUAACUGUACGCGGCGCGAGGGAUAUAAAAAAAAAGGUGCAAGGAGAAAGAGAUGGAUGGACGGAGAAAAACGGCCCACGGGGCUGGCCGAAUAAAGCGCGCGAGCGGAGAAACGAGAGGGCGGUAAAUCAUGCCCUUCGAGAGUCGAUUUGUCGGAGUGGAGCGGGGCUGGAGUGCUGGAGAGAGGAGGAAGCCGAACGAGAAGAGAAGGGACGCUCUGCGCGGCAUGCGGGGAUAGAGAGAGAGAGAGAGAGAGAGAGAGAGAGAGAGAGAGAGAGAGAGAGAGAGAGAGAGAGAAAGAGAGAGUAAGCGACACGGAAAAGUGUUUUGAAGAAUUGACAGAAACUUUUAUUUCCUUCGGUACCGUUUAAUCUCGAUAAAUUCCGAGGAAAUUUAGUCCCUCGCUCUCGCGCGCGAGCGCACUGCUUUUUUCGCCUGUUCAUUCCCGUGCUGUUGUUUCGCCGCGCUGAUUUAUUUGUUAAUCAAAACGUCGAUUCGCGUUUGUCCUCUUUCCCACGAGCGCAAGCUCUCUCUUUCUCUCUAUCCGCAGUUUCAAUUAUUAAAUUUCAAUUUGCACCGGAUAUCCAUCGAUUAAAUUCCGACCCACGCAAGUGUAAGUCUAUUUUUCGUUAGGAUAUUCCCCACACCGUUGAAUGCUUUCAAUUAGUAAAAGUCUCGGCGAUGCGCUUUUUCAUUACCUUGAAAGCGUCGCAACUUGCCUCGAACGCUAAUAGCCGCGAGAAAUGCCCGGAAGCGAAUAAGUAGUAACAGUCGUUGUGGAAAGACAUAUCGUAAAGUUUCCAUCGGGAAAACUGCAGGUUCCUACGUAUACAAUACAGAUUACACAAACACACACUCACACGCGCUAUAUGCGUUAUAUAUUCACAGAGAAAUUUAAAAGAAAAAGAAGCAGAGGGACAUUAACGUUCGUGCCGCUGCGCGCCGCCGUCAUCCUGUGGGUCGCGAUCCAUCAGUCGCCAAAAAGACAACUACAUCGUAAAACUGUAUAAAGUAUAAAUUUUCUUCUACUAACUGUACCAAAUAGGCAUAUAAAUAAGCAUUGUUUUCGAUUUCGAACUCACUACUAGGCACGUCGACUAAAGUUUCCGACUUGUUGUACAUUAUAUUGAUAUUUAUAUAUAGUAUUUCUAUUACUGCCCGUUUAAAGCAUAAGGAGAAAUAAAAAAAAGAUAAACAAAUCGUCAUUGAGAAAUUUGGAACUUUGUCUGGACACUGUAACCAUUACACGCCAUUUGCUUAGCGUUAGAUUCGAUAAAUAAAGAAAUGAAAAUCGAGGAAAGAGCUAUAUAUAAAGUAACUAAAAAGGGACAAAAACCGCGUAAAAAUAAAAGAUGAAUAAAUAAAGAAAAAACAUCACCAUAUCCAUGCAGCGACUUGUAUGUACGUGUUUGUCCAUACUUUUGCGUGCGUAUACGAGUGUGAAGAACUGAACGGAUGAGUGCGAUACAUUAAUUAACUUUGCGUCUGCAUCGAAUGCGUUUUAAACCUUUUUUUCCUUGCGAAUUUUCUGUUAUCGCCAAUGUAUACUCGUGCGAUGAUCCAACCGAAUUUAUAAAUAAUAAAACAGAGAAUUUCGAGAGACAGCUUCGAUGCACUCGAAAGCAUUGUCGGGUGUUAGAAAAAAAAGUCGUACGCAUAUUUAUAUUAAGCUCUGGAUACGUGUCUGUUGAUAAAUACACAAGUGGGGCGAAUAAAAAUACUGUGACAGAAAGUGAAACGUCGUAUGAAUUAUUUUGAACGAAUCAAUCACAAAGACACUCAUCUGUCUGUCCAUGUCAGUAGAUAUAAAAAAUUGAAAAAUCCUGAGGCAUAUAAUGUUGAGAUUUAGUUUAAAUUUUAUUGACUACUUGAGCCUCUUAUGUUGAAUCAAAUUGUGUUAUCCAACUAACGUUAGUGAAAUAAUCGUUUCUUGAAAAGAAACCCUUUACUUUGUCGCAAUUUUUUUUCUUCAGAUUUUGUUAUGAAUAAUGUGACUAAAAGAAUUAUGCUGGAAUCGUUAUAUCGUAGUAAUGAAAAAUAAGGAUAUUACUACACUAUUAUACAUAUAUAUUACGUUGAACAGUUAUACAAGACUAAAUAAAACAAAGUUUCUAAUUCAAAGUUGUUUGCAUUUGACAAGAGAUUGCAUUAUAGAAAAAGCUUUUAAACUCAUACGUUAUUAUUCAUUGCCAUUGAUGGAAUUGAUGCAAAUACGUGAACCAGCGUGCAAUGUUAGGGAGUUUAUAAAGAGAAUUUAAAAGAAAUAUAAAAAAUUUGAGGCAAGGUACGUGACGAUCUCGAAAUAAUAGAGCAUUAGAAUCAGGGCGAUCGAUAAACAUACGAACUGUUAAAGCGAAGAUUCAACAAUUGAAAAAGCUUUCUGUCAAAACGUUAGGGACUGAGCAAAUCGUACGAAAAAAAAAUACAAAUAACUGCCAAAUCACAUGUCACAAUUAAAAUAUCUCUAUACGUUUGAUAUAUACGUUUGAGAUAAGUCUGGACAGUAAACCCGUUAUUAGUUUAAUGUGUUCGUGCAUGCGCUUUAUUGCCAGCAAACUGGACACACAUAUGCGCAUGGAUGUACAUAUAUUACAAGAAAGCAUAUAGGCACAAACUCGGACAUGAAUAAAAAUCCAGGUAAUCCCUAUUUGUCCUGAAAGUUAACUUUCAUUACGAUAAUCCUGUCAAUUUUCACGUGACUGCCGUACAUAUUAGUAUUGAAAAUUGGCAGUAAAAAUACCUUUAUUCGUUUUUACAAGACUGCAAAUUGUUAGCAAAUUUUUUAUUUUAUUAACGUUUAAGUGAAAAUAUUUUUUACAUGAAAAUUUUGAUUAAGAAUUUUCGAUAAAUUAUAGUUUUUCUUAAAUUUGUAUAUUGAUAUGAGCUUGGAUUUCGAAUAUUAAAAAAAUAAUAAUAAGUAUCAAUGAAACAAUUUACAGUUACUGACCUUAUGAUUGUCUUCAUCUUCAGUUCGAGUUAAUCAUUUGAGGUAUGAAUCCAUGUGCUGGUGGCCAUAUUCGAUCUGUUGAACACAACACACGAUAUUAGAAAAUCAUUGUAUUUCAUAUAUUAAAUUUUUUUUUCCAAUUUAGCCUGUUUUUAUUGAGUUAAUAGGCAUCUUCAUAUCAUGAAAAGAUUGCACUAAAAAAGUUUAUAUCACAUUUCAUGUUACACUUCCUUUUUAUAUUAAAAAAAAUUGAGUUUGUAAAAAUGAAAUUGUUUAUAAUAAUUAUUUCCACGAGCUAUGCAGCAUGUUUAUAAACUAGUACAGCAAACUUUUUAUGACCAGUGAUGUUAGAAUGAAAGUGAUGAGAAAAGAAUUUAGAAAAGUGUAAAAUAAUUUAACUGUGUGAAUAAUAAAAAGGAAAAAUAGGGUGAUAAGUGAAGGAAAAAUGAAACUUACUAAUUAUGUUAGAAUAAAAUUAGCAUAAAAAUUACAAUCAGAGUUUAUAACAAUCUUGAAUGCCAGACAAAUCUCGCACGCGAUUAUGUACACGGCUAAACGUCUAUACAUUGUAUAUUGACUUCGCUUCCUUCAUUGGGAUUUUUCAAAUUUUAUGAGCAGACUUUCAUGUACCAACAUUCCAUUUCCCAACCCCUACAAACCUACUCAACCCCUCGCGCGUCACCUUCGUACGUACGACAAAACCGUUGUUUUGAUAUAUUGUAAAUAUUCUGAAAUAAAUGAUCGUUUUUAUUCGAUAA